CAGCACGUCGACGCGCGGCUUUUUUUCAGCCGGGUCCCGCUAACUCGGCUGCGGUGUGUCUGCGUCUGUGGCCAGGCUGUUUCUUGGCUAAGAGAGCUGUCGUCGCGGACCGGCGCGGUUAGCAGGGCUUAGUGCUCGGCCUGGCCGCCCUGACCUCCCUCCCGGCUUUUCCUUCCGACUUAUCCACUUUAGGGGCGUCUCGGAGUGGCGGAGGCCCCCGGGGAAGAGCGGGGUGCCGGUGUCCGCUCCGGGCUCGGAUGGGAAGUGGCGGGAGGAGCGACCCGGGAUGUUCAGUCUGAUGGCCAGUUGCUGCGGUUGGUUCAAGCGGUGGCGGGAGCCCGUCAGAAAGGUGACUCUUUUGAUGGUGGGACUUGAUAAUGCUGGUAAAACCGCAACAGCAAAGGGAAUCCAAGGAGGUUUUUUUUUGGUAGAGAUGGGGUCUCCCUAUGUUGCCCAAGCUGGUUUGGAAUGCCUAGCCUCAAGCUAUUCUUCUGCCUUGGCCUCCAAGAGUGCUGGGAUUACAGGCAUGAGCCACCACGCCCAGCCCGGCCAGAAUACCCUGAAGAUGUAGCUCCCACUGUUGGAUUUUCAAAAAUUAACCUUAGACAAGGAAAGUUUGAAGUCACCAUCUUUGACUUGGGAGGUGGAAUAAGAAUUCGGGGAAUCUGGAAGAAUUACUAUGCUGAAUCCUAUGGGGUAAUAUUCGUUGUGGAUUCCAGUGAUGAAGAGAGAAUGGAAGAGACAAAAGAGGCUAUAUCAGAAAUGCUAAGACAUCCUAGGAUAUCAGGAAAACCUAUAUUGGUGUUGGCAAACAAACAAGAUAAAGAAGGAGCAUUAGGAGAAGCUGAUGUCAUUGAAUGUCUAUCUCUGGAAAAAUUGGUCAAUGAGCACAAGUGCCUGUGUCAGAUAGAACCAUGCUCAGCAAUCUCGGGGUAUGGAAAGAAAAUUGACAAGUCCAUUAAAAAAGGCCUUUUUUGGCUGCUACAUGUUAUUGCAAGAGACUUUGAUGCCUUAAAUGAACGCAUCCAAAAAGAUACAACAGAACAGCGUGCUCUUGAGGAACAAGAUAAACAAGAAAGAGCUGAACGAGUGCGAAAAUUACGAGAAGAAAGAAAACAAAAUGAACAAGAGCAGGCUGAACUUGAUGGAACCGGUAGUCUGGCUGAAUUGGACCCAGAACCAACGAAUCCUUUCCAGCCAAUAGCAUCUGUAAUCAUUGAGAAUGAAAGAAAACUUGAAAGAGAGGAAAAAAAGCAAAAAAUGGAGACAGACAGUGAUGGCUGCCACCUGAAACAUAAAAUGGAGCAUGAGCAAAUAGAGACAGAAGGUCAAGUUAAUGACAGUGGCCAAAAAAAUAAUGAAUUUGGACUAGUAGAAAAUUAUAAGGAGGCAUUAACACAGCAGUUAGAGAAUGAAGAUGAGACAGACCGGCCAUCGUUGGAAUCAGCUAAUGGUAGAAAGAAAACUAAGAAACUAAGAAUGAAAAGGAACCACCGGGUAGAACCACUUAAUAUAGAUGACUGUGCUUCUGAGAGUCCAACACCACCCCCACCCCCUCCUCCUGUUGGCUGGGGAACCCCUAAAGUCACUAGACUUCCAAAACUUGAGCCUCUUGGUGAAACACGUCAUAAUGAUUUCUAUGGGAAGCCGCUGCCUCCCUUGGCUGUGCCACAGCGACCUAAUGGUGAUGCUCAUGAUGUGAUCUCAUAAACAAGACAUAUGGAGGAGUUCUCUUAAUAUCAGCAAGGUGAAGUGGGACAUUCUUCUUUCUCAGAAGAAGAAACAUGUUGUAUAUUGAUGACUGGGGCAAGAUAACCAUAACGAUUUUAGUGAGAAGAUUAAUACUCAAGGACCUGACUUGAUAAUUAAUUAUUUGUGUUCUUCAUGGCUAAAAAAUAAAGGAAGCACAAUGACCAGUACAUAAAAUCAGCAUUUGGAACAAAUUAGCAAGAUUUACUGUUAACUCUGGUUUAUACAUCCCCACUCAGGAGGAUACUUCUGAAGGAAAACUUUAGAAAAAGAGCCAGUGAACUCAGCACUUUCUUUACUAUUUGUUCAAUAGCCUGUAUUUCUAGAUAUUAAGUAUUUUUUGUAAGAUACAUGCACAUAGAAGGGGGACUUCUAGGAGUUUAUAACCAAAAUUUUAAAACUAUUUUUAUAUUUUUUUAAAUCUUUAAAAAUUUUAAUUACUAUGAUAUUGAUUAUACACCUUUUUUUUAUAGAUGAUUUGUUUAAAUUGUGUCUGGAAAAUAGAGUUGAUUUACUUUCAGACAUGAACUAUACAAACAGGAUAUAUUUAUAUGGCUUGAGGUAUGUUUUGUUCUUUAAGUGUAAGUCAUAAUUUGACCUAAUUUAAAUAUAAUAUAUUUUUGAAAUAGAUUCUCAGAUCUUUAUUCUACCAAUUAUAUGAUUUGAAAACAGUACUCAGUGAGAGAGACUGGAAAUACUUUUUGUACCUAAAGGUUUUUGAAAUUAAUCAAAAUAUAUUCUGUGAGAUACUAUUAAAAGUUUCAAUAAAGUCCUAUUUUAAAGGUUAGACACUUUCAGAGAUCAAGGUGCUCCCUAUACUCCCUUGUUCCAUCAGAAGCUGCAGUAACUCUUUUAGGUGAUUCUAAUUCUUUCAUGCCUUGAAAUUAAACUAUGAAAUUAAAGGCAGAAAGACUGGAAAACCUACUGCAGGUCCAAAGACUUCUGUUUUACAACUGGGAAACAGCUUGUGUACUAAAGUAACAAGAAUAAAAAUGUUGGCCCAAAAUUACUUUUAUAAAUAAAUAAUUCCAAAAUAAUUUCUUAAUUUAAGAUGAUAGCACUUCUCUUGCACUUAAGAAUGGCAUCCAUAAGAUUCUGUAUUUGGCAUUUAGACAGACUUCUAGAUGUAUAUUUUGAAUAACAGAUUCAUAAUGUUACAUUUAAUUGAAAACAAACCUUUAUAUCCCAGUGAAAAUAGUAUAAACAGAAUGAUUUUUAUAUCACCUUGUUAAGAUUGGUGCUUUUGGUAACUUGUACUGACACAACAGACAUAUACUAGUAUCUGAUAAUAACAUUAAGUACAUUUUUUGUCGUUUAAUAUAUUUACUUUAAAAAUUUUACUUCAGAACAUGAGAUUUUAUUCACAUUUUUUAACUCACCGAAUUUUAACAAUCAGGUCACCUGUACUCCAGUGAGCAUUGUAUAUGUUCUUGGAGUUUGUACAUCGGACUUACCAAGCACACUGAGUGAGUUAAAAGCAUUUGACUUCAGAUCUAAAAUUCAUAACAACCUGAAUUUGAGAGGUGGCUGAAAUGUGAUAAAAAGCAAUAAGAAAAGAUAGAAUGUAAAUUUUGAAAAGGAUUUUAAAGGGAAAAUUGCACAGCUUUUUGUAACAUUUACUCAAUUUUAAAACUAAACUCGUACUUUUGCCAUCUUUUUAAUAUUUAUCUCAGGAGUAUACGUGUUUUUAAACUUUUUGUUUUCUAUCUGUGUUUACUGUAGUGUAGCUACUGACUUCAUUUAAUAAAAAUAAAUGAUUUUGAAAUUAAAUAUAAUAUAGAAUUCACAUUUUAUAUAGCUCUCAAAAAAUUAAUUUUUAUUCCUUACGCGUUUUAAAAACAUUUAAAAAUAUGUUUUGUAAAUCCAGGUGUAUUUUAACAAUUAAAUGCCUAUUUUGUUAUAUGUUAUAUUUUUAUUCUUAAUUCUGAAUUUUGACAUUUUCACACAAUAAAUAUAAUUUAUGUCAA